AUUCCUUCGCGCAAUAAGUCGCUCCUUCUCUUUCUCGAUUAAAUAUGCGAACUGGCAAGAAUGACAAACACUCAGUGACGUAUGGAGUGGAGUAAAGAAAAAGUUUCAAGACUAUAGGUAUUAGGUAUGCCGUAAACGCGAUACUAGUUGUAUAGGUUACCUAACUGUCAUAACGUAGAACGAAAAAAAAAGAAAUACCUACUUUUUAAAUGAUAAUCAACAUAUUGAAAUAUUUUAAUUUUUAUCUGCUCAUCAGUGUCUGCAUUGGUUCGUCAGCUUUGCUUGAGGACAAUAAUCUGCUUUUGUACUGUAUUUUACUGUAGAAAAUAUAAAAAGAUGAUGUUGUCUGUGGCUAGAAGAAUAUGCAGUCUUUUGAAAGAAGAGCUCACUAGUGUGCGUUCUCAUCAUACCAAAAUGCAGAUUGCUCCAUUGCAAAAGAGUGCUCUUGAGGAACGUUGCAUUCUUGUUGACAAUUUUGAUAAAGUCAUUGGUGCAGCUAGUAAAAAACAUUGCCAUCUCAUUGCAAAGGAUGGUAGUAUACCGCUGCACAGAGCCUUCAGUGUUUUUCUAUUUAAUAGCAAAGGAGACUUAUUAAUACAAAAAAGAUCAGCCAAUAAGAUAACUUUUCCUGGAUUCUAUACAAAUACUUGCUGUAGUCAUCCAUUAGCAGAAAUAGAAGGUGAGACAGAAGAAAAAGAUGCAUUAGGAAUUCGUCGAGCUGCCCAAAGAAGACUUGGUUAUGAACUAGGUAUUCCAGCAAAAGAAGUGGCAAUCGAUGAUUUUAAAUAUUUAACUAGAAUUCACUAUCAAGCAGCAGGGUGCAAUAUUUGGGGAGAACAUGAGAUUGAUUAUGUACUUUUUUUAAAAGUCAAAAAGGUUACUUUGGAUCCAAAUCCAGACGAAAUAAGUGAAAUACAAUGGAUAUCACGAGCAGAUGUCUCUAAUUUUGUUAAAAGUAUUGAUUCUCCAUUGACACCUUGGUUUAAAUUGAUUCUAGAAAAUCAGCUGUUAGAGUGGUGGGACAACUUAGAUUCUCUGCAUAAAUACCAAGAACAUUCAAAGAUUCAGAGAUUUACAAAGUUGUGAUCAUGUUUUACUUGCUUUUUUUUUUAAGGACUUAUUUAAAAAAAAUUCCAAUGAUCAAAUUAGCAAAAUUAGUAGACCGUAUUAUAUAUAACAAUUGUUAAUUAUCAAUUUUGACAUGGAAAAUAACUCAUCUUAUACACUAUUAAAUGUAUUAAUUAAUUGUAAUUAUUUUCAAUGUAUUAUAGUAGAAUAGUAAUGAUUGGGAAGAUCUAUUUUAUGCUAAAAUGGUGUAUUAGACUGAGUGAUUUCUUUUUAAAUUUUUUAAUUAAAAAGUGGUAAUUUAAUAGUAACUUUUGUUAGUUAUACAAUUAAAUUAAUACAUACAUUUACACAAAUAUAAAUACUUUAUUGUCUAUCAGAAAUCAAUGUGAAAAACUGAUAAUACAUUGUUUUUACAUGGUUUUUUUUUUAAACUGUCUCAAUGUCUCAACAAUUUUUGAAAAGUAUUUUAAUAUAUGAUGAUGGAAGUUAUUAAAUUGCGGCUUCAUUUAUUUUGUAUU